CCGCCACAGCGGCCGCCGCCAUUUUGUCUGGUAGUGUGAAUGUGAAAGGGAAAGCCGGGGCGAGCAGGGCCGGGCCGGCGGCGGCGUGAGGGGCGCUGCUCCGUCGCGGAGGCAGUGCGGGGUCUGCGGGUAGAGCCCUCGUAGCGGCAGCGGCGGGCGAGAGGAGCCGGUGAGGCGGAGCCCGGCCACGACUCCCCGGUCGCCGGCCUCACAUCGGAGGGAGCUGCCGGUUCCCGUCCCCCCCCGGGCAGCUGCGCUCGCCUCUCCUCUCCCUGGCUGCGGGGGAGCCGCUGUCCCGGCCUUGCUGCCCGCCUCGGCGGAUCCGCGCCGAUGAUGUCGGGGCAGUCGAUCACGGACCGCAUCACGGCGGCUCAGCACAGUGUCACCGGCUCGGCCGUGGCCAAAGCUGUCUGCAAGGCGACGACCCACGAGGUGAUGGGCCCCAAGAAGAAGCACCUGGACUAUCUAAUACAGUGCACAAAUGAAAUGAAUGUGAAUAUUCCACAGUUGGCAGAUACACUCUUUGAGAGAACUGCAAACAGUAGCUGGGUUGUAGUGUUCAAAGCUCUAAUUACAACACACCACCUCAUGAUGUAUGGAAAUGAGCGCUUUAUCCAGUAUCUUGCAUCCCGAAAUACUUUGUUCAAUUUAAAUAACUACCUGGACAAAAGUGCCAUGCAGGGCUAUGAUAUGUCUACCUUCAUUAGGCGAUAUAGCAGAUACUUGAAUGAAAAAGCACUUUCAUAUAGACUUGUAGCAGUUGACUUCACCAAAAUGAAAAGAGGGAUAGAUGGAGUGAUGAGAACCAUGAAUGCCGAAAAGCUUCUGAAAACCCUUCCAAUCAUACAGAACCAGCUUGAUGCACUCCUUGAUUUUGAUGCAAAUCCAAAUGAACUAACAAAUGGUGUUAUAAAUGCUGCCUUUAUGCUCCUCUUUAAAGAUUCCAUUAGACUUUUUGCAGCAUACAAUGAGGGGAUUAUUAAUCUUUUAGAAAGAUAUUUUGAUAUGAAGAAGAACCAGUGCAAAGAAGGCUUGGAUAUUUACAAAAAAUUUCUAGCCAGAAUGACCAAAUUGUCAGAAUUCCUCAAAGUAGCAGAGCAAGUUGGAAUUGAUAAGGGAGACAUUCCAGAUCUUACUCAGGCACCAAGCAGCUUGCUUGAAGCACUGGAACAGCAUUUGGCUUCUGUAGAGGGAAAGAAAACAAAAGAAGUCUCCGCUGCCAUCAGAGCUACUGCCCUAUCCAGGGCUGUUUCCACACUUGCCUGUACAGGAAUGCUGUUUAGGAAGAUGGAUGAGAAAGAAAAACAGCAGGCAUUGGAGGAAGAGCAAGCUAGACUGCAGGCACUUAAGGAGCAGCGAUUAAGAGAGAUUUCUGUAGUACCAAAUUCCGUUUCCAGAUCAGCAUCCCCAAGCACCUUAUCAGAAAAAAGUGUGAAUACCACUGUAGCUGUCGACCUCUUUUCAGUACCAGCACCCACAACAAAUAGCAUGCCCAACCUUUCUAGUGACCUUUUUGAUCUUCAGCCUGCGUUUGUUCCAGCUGUGCAGAGUACUCCAGCUAUACCCACAUCACCAAGCAGUGCUUGGGGAGGUCCUUUCUCGUCCUCAAAUGGUUGUGUUGGUUCUCCACCUCAUCUGGACAUCUUUGACAUGAAGCCAGUUGAAGAAGCUGUAAAAUCUGCCACCCCUUUCAUCAAUUCUGCUUUUUCCUCCAAACAAACGGUGGAACUGUUUAGUGGUUUUCCUCUUCAUUCAGCUCCUCCAACAAUUAACGUGGACUUUGAUGCUGUUUUUGGAGGAAAAUCUACAGCACCAGAGUACAAGACUACAAAUGAUGAUGUAUUGCAACCCCCAGGACCAACACAGAGUCAAAGAGCCCCUUUAGCCAGCCAGCAAAAUGGAAAAAUUUUGGCAAACGACCUCGAUUCUUCACUUGCUAAUCUAGUGGGAAAUCUUGGCUUUGGAGGAACUCCACCCAAAAAAUCGGAUAUGCAGUGGACCCAGCCUACAGAGAAAAAACUUACUGGUGGAACAAACUGGCAAGCAAAAACAAACACAUUGACCACGUGGAGCCCUACUCCCUUACCCUCUAUUCCACAUAUGGUACCUGCUCCUAUCACAUACCCACUGACCACACCUCAAGUGCCUGUAUAUGGAAUGGUACCUCCUCAGGUUGGAGCUGCUCCUUUGAUGGCACCCCAGACAAUGAUGUAUACACAGCCUGGUCUAAGGCCAACAAACCCUUUUGCACCUGUUUCUGAAACUCAGGAAGAUGUAGAUUCUUUUAUGAAACAGCCUGGAAAUGAGACAGCAGAUGUAGUUCUUAAGAAGUUGGAUGAGCAGUAUCAGAAGUAUAAGUUUUUGGAACUUAAUCUUGCCCAAAAGAAAAGGAGGCUAAAAAGUCAGAUUCCUGAAAUUAAACAGACAUUAGAAAUUUUAAAACACAUGCAGAAGAAAAAGGAUUCCACAAAUCCAAUGGAAACCAGAUUUUUAUUGGCAGAUAAUCUCUACUGCAAAGCUUCAGUUCCUCCUACAGAUAAAGUUUGUUUGUGGUUGGGGGCCAAUGUGAUGCUUGAAUAUGAUAUUGAUGAAGCUCAGGCGCUGUUAGAAAAGAACUUGUCAACAGCCACAAGAAACCUUGACCUUCUAGAGGAAGACCUGGAUUUUCUCAGAGACCAGUUCACCACUACAGAAGUCAAUAUGGCUAGAGUUUAUAAUUGGGAUGUAAAGAGAAGAAACAAGCAAGACCCUUCCAAAAACAAAGCAUAGUUUUGCCAAUUUUAAAUGUGGUUUCAAUUUCCAAGUAUUUUUUAUUUAAACACCCCCAAAGUUCAUUCUCAAGGGACUGAAUUACUUUAAGCAUUUCAGUAAAGGGUAAAAUGUAUAAAAACUGAUGGUGACCACCAUUUUAUUUAUUUGUAAACUCAAAAAUUGGUUUCAUGCAUGCUUCAGGAAAUGAAUUAUUUGACAAGGCACCACGGAGUCCAGCAAAGGACAGGGUAUUUUGAUCAGACCAGUCUGUUGUAACUAAGUUUCUACCUGAGAGCUUGUCUGAGAAGUUGAGGGGCAUGCGUGAAACGAGUCUGGCACUGGAGCAGGGGUUUACUUUUUCAUCUCCAUGUACAGAGGAUGGAGGUAAAGGUGACUUGGGCUGGGAGAUGUGCAGCUGUGAUGUGCUAGGAAAGAGAAAACAGAGUGAAGUCUUGGAUUUUGUUUCAGUCAGUUAACAGGCAGCAUCACUCGGUGAGCAUUCCCAGGUAUCCACAGUGGAUAAAUGUGGUUGUAUUACCAAUGGGUUAGUUAACUGCCUGUAACUGAACUCUCAGCACUUUGCACACAAGACUUUGUAACCUCUCUGCAGAGAGGAGUGGUGAAUGAGCAGCACAGGCUGUGUCAGGGCUGCAGGUGAUCUCUCCCUUCGUUCUCAUACCUGUGUGAACGCUGCCGACUUCUACAAACGCCUUGAACAAGGACCCAAAGCACUGGUAACCUGUAAACAACCCCCACUUCUGAUCCCUUAGACAAGAUGGGUCACCCCUCUCAGCCUCCCAGUGGUGAAACCUGUAUUGGGUGAGGGUGUGUUACUGAGGCCCGACUGCUGCUGUCAACAGUUGGAGUCUUUAUUAGGGUUUUCCGGCGCCUUGCGAGAUUGUUGCCUUUUACCUCUGCAGUUUCUUUCUGAACUGAAAUGCUCAGUGGUGAUGUCAGUGGCUAAAUAUUCACAUUCUGUGACUGAGAAUACAGGUUUUGCUGCAAAAUAAAUGCAAAUGUAAACUGUUCGGUCUUCAUGUAAGAAACAAUAUACCUGUAAAUUUUUUGUACUUUUAUUUCAUGAUAUUAAAAUAGUAAAACUAAGCAGUUGUGGCAAA